CCGUUAAUACGAGUGCAGAGUGCGUGUUUUGUUAGUUAUUAGGAGGUCUGAUUCGCAGACUUCAACCGGAAAACUGAACCUAGAGUAGCAGGAGCACUCGAUCUUCUUUUCUCUCGUCUCAAGCAUCAAAACUGUUCAUGAUCAGUUUUAUUCUUGAUCUGUUUCAGGAUUGUUGAGAAAUAGGCAUAUUGGAGUUCAAGUAGAAUUAUGAAACUCUGUCUCUUCUAUGCCUGAAGGUUUUGACGGAGCAAGUUAUAAUCAAGUUUCUAAAUACAGAAAUGUUCUCGUUGUUCUAUGGUCUUUGGAAGUAUUUAUUCAGUAAGACAGAGUUUCAUGUACUCAUUCUUGGAAUUGAUAAGGCGGGGAAAACAACUUUAUUGGAGAAAUUGAAAUCAUUAUACUCGAACUUAGAAGGCCUUCCACCUGAUCGAAUUGUUCCUACUGUUGGACUUAACAUUGGUCGCAUUGAAGUUUCAAAUUCAAAACUUGUAUUUUGGGACCUGGGUGGUCAGGCUGGUCUUCGCUCAAUUUGGGAGAAAUAUUAUGAAGAGGCUCAUGCUGUUGUAUACGUUAUUGAUGCUACUUGUCCUUCACGAUUUGAAGAGUCAAAGUCCGCUUUAGAAAAAGUUCUUAGGCAUGAGGAUUUGCAAGGAGCCCCUCUUUUGAUAUUAGCAAACAAGCAGGAUCUUUCUGAAGCUGUAUCAGCUGAAGAAAUUGCUCGAUAUUUAGAUCUAAAGAAGUUGGAUGAGAGGAUUUAUAUGGUUGAAGCAGUUUCAGCAUAUGAUGGGAUGGGGAUUAAAGAAAGUAUGGAAUGGCUUGUGGAGGUAAUGGAACGAAGCAAGAGAACAGAAACGUUGAGAGUUCGUGCAGGUGUAGCAGGCCCUGGUGCCUAGAGGAAACUAUACCAACUUGCAGGAGGAAACUAUAUCAACUUGCAGUUGUUUACCUACCUUUCUAGCUUGUGUAAAUAAACAGGAUUUACAUUAGAUUCUAUAUGGCCAUAAUGUAAUCCAUUUUCUCAGCUGUAAUGCUGCCCUUGUUCCAUUUGCUCAGCGGUGAUUGACUACAUUUCAAAUGAUAUUCUUUAUUAUGAAUUAA